AUAUAUAUAAUGCGGUGCCGUCUCCUUCUGACCUUUUCUACUCCACCACCUCCUCUGUUCCAUUGCUCCUUUCAGAACCAACGCCGACCCACAUCCGCAGACCAUAGUACACCCUCGUUGACUCCUUUCAGAGUUUUCGUAAUUCAAAUACCCAAAGAAAAGGUAUUCAGUAUUCAUACGGUGGUGCUAUGGCUGUGCCGCCGGUGAAAUCACAGCCAUUGCACAACUUUUCCUUGCCCCACCUCAAAUGGCCCCACAAGAACUCCUCCUCUUCCGCCUCUGGAUCCACCUCCCUCCAACACCGCCUUCGCCACCAUGACUCCCCCGAUCAACGUCACCACUGCUACCCCGACGCUGGCUGCAACUUGGAGAGCGGACCCACGACUGCUUCGCAGUCCAACAGCUUGGUGUGGGAGGAGGACGACGACAAUGAAGCAGCGAGGCCUUGGAACUUGCGGCCAAGGAAAGAGGUCAUCAAAGCGGCGUGGAAUUUGGACAAAGGAACGAGGGAUGGGAAUAAUUAUAACAAAACUAUUAGAAGCAGUAACGGGGUUAAGUCGCAGAGGCUAAGCGGUUUGCUGGAAGGAGGAAAGCUCAGUGGUGGGGUUGAGAGGAAGGAGAAGAGGAAAGUUUGGAUUUCUCUGUCGAGGGAAGAAAUCGAGGAGGAUGUUUAUGCUUUGACUGGAGGUAAGCCUGCCCGUAGACCAAGAAGAUGGCCCAAGAACGUUCAGAAACAACUCGACGUAUAGUGUUUUUCCUGGAUUGUAUUUGGUGGGGGUCGGACCUGACUCAUAUCGGAGAGGAAUUUGAUGCCAAUAUGGAGAUUGGCAGCAUGUGGUUUGCUGCAAUGUGUGCAUCGGCUGAGGCUUCCCGACCUCACUUGGGAGCAGUUCUCAUGCCUGUAGUUUUGUUUCUGAUAUCGAACUCCAUUGAGGAAGGAUUGAGAGGCUCUGCUAGCUUCCUGUAUUAGGAGGGCACUUCCAUACCUGGCCUAGACAAGGUUGGAAGUUUAUAUAACAUAAUCUUUCUUAUACUCAAUGCUAUGAUCAUAUACUCUGUUAAAAUCUGCCCAGUACCUCAGUGUUAAUUGUUUUCAUAAAGUUUUGCAUGAAUCGGUGCCGAAUUUCAUGAUGACCUUUUUUCUUAACUUCAGUCUACAAAAUAUUCUUGUUGCAUGACUGGAUUUAUACUUGGAUCCUUCUAUGUUCACUCUUCAUGCUGUCAGCACAGAGUAUGACAUUCAUGCUACAACUUUGGCCAGAAGUUAAUGUUCACUCUUAUUUUUCAAGAUUCAUAUGCAAGUUAUCUUAUUGAAGUAAUAUGUGUAUCUCCGAGUGUAUAUGUCAGUCAAGAAUUAUCUCGUAAGAUACCUGUUGUAAAACUUCAUCUCUUUUUAACCUGAUAAGUGUUUUUCAUAUGCGAAAUAGGAAACAUACACUUUACCCCCCUCACCCCCUUGAACUGAGA